AUGGCAUUAAAACGGUUCUUUUCAUUGGAAGAACGAUUUAAGAAGAAUCCAGCACUAAAGCAAGAGUAUGUGAACUUUAUGCAAGAGUAUAUCAAGCUGGGUCACAUGAAAGAAGUAAAUGAGAAACCAAAGACAAAGGUAUAUUAUUUGCCGCAUCAUGCAGUUAUUAAAGAAGACAGCACGACAACAAAACUUCGAAUGGUGUUUGAUGCGUCCGCAAAAACGACAUCAGGACAAUCACUGAACAGUAUUAUGAUGACAGGUCCUACAUUACAAAAGGAUUUAUUCAUUCUAUUAUUACAGUGGAGAAUGUUUAAAAUAGUUUUUAAGGCUGACAUUGAAAAAAUGUAUCGGCAAAUACUGAUUCAUCAUGAUGAUAGAGAUCUUCAACGAAUUUUAAGGAGAAACGAUCAGAAAAAACCAAUAAAAGAAUACAAUUUGAACACGAUUACAUAUGGUACUGCAUCAGCACCAUAUCUUGCCAUCAAGACGUUGUUUAAGCUAGCAGAAGACGAGAGAAUUAAUUAUCCUUUGGCAAGUGAAACCUUAAAUGAAAAAUUUUAUGUAGACGAUUGUUUGGGAGGCGCUAAUACGAUUAAAGAGUGUAAACAAGUACAAGAAGAAUUAAUCCAAUUAUUGCGGAAGGGAGGUUUUAACUUAAGAAAAUGGGCAUCAAACGAACCGGAAAUGUUGACGAAUAUCCAGAUAAAAGACAUUGAACCAGGGUUAGAGAUGCAAUUUAACAACGACCAAGCGAUUAAAAUUUUAGGAAUAAAAUGGUGUCCUAAAUUGGAUCAAUUUGAAUUUAAAAUAAAUACCACGUCAUUCAGCUCAAAAUACACAAAAAGAGCAAUUCUAAGUGAUGCUGGAAAACUAUUCGAUCCAUUUGGUUGGUUGUCACCUGUAACCAUUAAAGCAAAAAUUAUGAUACAAAAAUUGUGGAUGCUAGGAAUUGGUUGGGAUACAGAGAUCCCACCCAAUCUACAGGCGCAAUGGGAAGAAUUUAAAAUGAGAUUACCUGCUGUUCAGAAAAUAACCAUGAAAAGAUGGACACAACAUUCAGAGAAUAGUUUAAUCGAGUUACAUGGAUUUGAAGAUGCGUCAGAAGCAGGAUAUGCUGCAGUUGUAUAUACAAAGGUUAUCAAUGCAGAAAAGGUUACAAUAUCCCUAGUAGCAUCAAAAACCAAAGUUGCGCCUAUUAAGCAAGUAUCAUUAGCCCAAUUGGAGUUAUGCGCAGCUGUGCUAUUGAUAAAAUGGACUACGUUUGUAGCAAACAGAGUAUCGUAUAUUCAGGAUACGUUUAAAGGGCAAUUUAGAUUUGUUCCAGGAAAAGAUAAUCCAGCAGAUAUUCCAUCAAUGGGAGUAUAUGGUGACAAUCUUAUUUCAAAUACAUUAUGGUGGCAUGGUCCAAAUUGGCUAAUAAAAGAUGAAGGAAAUUGGCCAGAAAAUGAUGAAGUAAUUGAUUUGAAUCUUAUUCCGGAAACCAGAAAAACUGCAAUAUGUACCGUCGUGGACAUUACCAAAGAUGAUAAUAUUAUUAAUCGAUUUUCUUCAUUAAACAAACUUCUUCGAGUGACAGCUUAUUGUCUUAGAUUCGUUUAUAAUUAUCAUAAAAAGAAAUCCGAAAGAAAGAUCGACAAUCUGUCGGCAGACGAUAUCGAUGCAGCAGAAAUUUUGUUGGUGAAGCAGGCACAAAAAUGUUUUUCAGAUGACAUCAGACGGCUUAAUCUUCAGAAACAAUUAAUGAAAAGUAAUAAGUUGUGUUCAUUAAACCCAUUUGUUGACAGUGCAGGAGUACUAAGAGUGGGCAGCAGAUUAAGAAAUGCAGAUUUAUCUGACAACCAAAAGUAUCCAAUAAUUUUACAUACAACGAGUACUUUGGCCAAACUCAUAAUCAAUCAGGCGCAUAUUAAUACGAUUCAUGGAGGAUUAAAACUGACGCUAAACUACGUUCGGGAAAAAUUUUGGAUUAUUCGUGGAACAAUCGCUAUGAAAGCUUGCAUCAAUAAAUGUUUAAAAUGUUUUCGAAUAAAGGCAAAAGGACAAUCUCAAUUAAUGGGAAGUUUACCAACACCAAGAGUAAAUUUCUCGAGGCCAUUCACACACUGCGGCAUAGACUAUGCAGGGCCAUUACACAUUAAAUGCUCGCAAUUCAGGGGAAUUAAAACACAUAAGGCGUAUAUAGCUAUUUUUGUAUGUCUGGCAACAAAGGCAAUUCACAUUGAGUUAACUUCAGAUCUGACAUCUCAAGGAUUUUUAGCAGCACUCAAACGAAUGAUAAGCAGACGUGGCUCAGUACAUCAUAUUUAUAGCGACAAUGGUACCAAUUUUACAGGUGCAAACAACAUUUUACAGAAGAUUCAAAUAGAGAAUCAUCUAGCUGAAACAGGUAUACGUUGGCAUUUCAUCCCUCCUGGCUCACCUCACUUUGGUGGUCUCUGGGAAUCGGGAGUAAAAUCCAUUAAAUAUCAUCUAGCUAGAAUUAUAGGUGACCAAAAAUUGACAUACGAGGAAUUGAGUACGGUCUUAAUUCAAAUCGAAUGUUGUCUUAAUUCACGGCCACUCUGUCCAUUAACAGACAACAUUGAAGAUCUUAAUGCACUUACACCAGGACAUUUCAUUGUGGGAUCGUCAUUAAUGACUCCAGCGCAUGAUAGUCUUAUUAACUUUACAGAAACUAGCCUAAAAAGAUGGAAGAUUGUGCAGAAAAUAAAGCAAGACUUUUGUAAACGGUGGUUCCAAGAAUAUAUAAGAAAUAUUCAACAACAGAGAUACAAAUGGACAAAAUCUAUACCAAACUUAGAAGUUGGUCAACUAGUCCUAUUGAAAGACGAAACAUUAAUAUCAUCGACGUGGCCUCUAGGCAGAGUUAUAGAAGUUCAUAAGGGAACAGAUGGCUUAACCCGAGUUGCUACAAUUAAAACCCAAAAGGGGAUAGUAAAACGUACAAUCCAAAAAAUAUGUCUUCUACCAAUCACUGAUAAUGUAAAAGAAGGUCAUAUUCCGUCAAACCAGGAGAAGUUCCCAAAAUUAUUUAAAGAAGCAACAUUAAUCAAAGCAAAAUCAGACACUCAAAAUAUGUUACCAUUUGGAAACACUAUCAGAAAUAAAGAAGUAGUUUCGACAAAGUCUACUGCAGGAGAUCCUAAAACGCGACGACAAUGGUUAUCGGCUAGGCAAUCAAAAUCGACAGUUCUUGCUAUAUUUUUGGCAUAUCUCACAUUAGGAACUACAUUAGCAACACCCACUAUAACAUAUCCCGAAUCAGGAUUAUUCAUUGAAGGAUUAGGCAAAGCAAAAAUACAAAGAGGAACACUUAGAACCACUAUCACAUUUCCAAUCCGUGACAUAAUUCAAGAUCAAAGGAACGUUAAUAGCACCAUAAAACAAUUAACAAUGUUGUGUACCAAGUCAAAGGCUGUCAAUCCUUAUAUACAAUGUGACGAUUUAGUUUCCAAUUUAAGUCAUGAAGGACGCAUCUUAAGAACAACCAUUGAUCGAUUGUUGACGGCAGAAUCAUCGGUUACAAGAAGUCCCCGAGAAAUAUUAGGUACAGUGUUAACAACACUUUUUGGUGUAAACGAUGAAGUGUAUCACGACAUUGAAACGUUGGAUCAAAAUCAAAAAUUAUUGAUCCAAAAUACUAAAUCAAAUGCUAGAAUCAUGAUAUCCACAAUAGCGGCAGUAAACAACACAGAAACUAAAAUCAUCAACAAAAUCAACAGCUUUAGUAAAAGACUAAACGAAGGAUUGCAGGCUAUCAGUCAGAUGCAAGGUUGGCAUGAUAUCGGAGAAGGAAAUAAACUGAAUAUAUAUGUACUUAAUUCAUAUAUAAUGGCUUCCAAUUACAUUCGAGAAGUAGAAUCAAAAUAUAAUAAGAUCUUCAAUGUAUAUUUAAAACGCAGUCAUAUUUAUGAAUUCCUUUCACAUGAUGAAAUUAAUGAUAUUAUAACUCGAUGUUCCUCAAAAAUUGGACCAGAAAUUACCAAUUCCGAUGAACAGAUUGGAAUAUGUUCGAGAUACUGA